AUGUUGACCACCACUGUUGUAGGUUUCUUUGCACUUUCGGGGGGCUGUCAUCUGCAGUCAACGAGAGGCAGCAAUGGGGUGAAGGCCUAUCAUUUUUUAUAUGACAUGGCAGUGCAGUGUACAUCAGGUGUGGUUUUUCCUGUGCAACUGUGCAUACACAGUCCCUUCAACAAUAGGUUGCUCGCAGAUGACUUGGUUGCCUAUGUUAUUGCCAGGUCUUACAUCCCACUGUCUAUCCCUUGCGAUCCCAUUUUACUCGAGGCCUCAGGUCUUGUGGUUGUCCUAGGGGAUCCCAAUAGCAAGAGUACAAGGCUUGCAUCCCCAAUAGCCUGUGCCCAUUUAUCUUUGGACUUGGUACAGUUACCACUUGUGUGA